CCAAUUUUAAAUCUAGGGAAAUUGGGCCAUUUAAAAAAAAGGUUACCGUAUAUUUCUGACAGAGUAAAUAGGUUUUUUUUUCUUCCUAGUUUUAUUCUCCAAACCACUGCACAUGCAAAAGGUUUUGUAAAGAAUAUGUAAAACAAUAGAGGCAUCCAUAUUAGCAGAUAUGCAGCGAAGUAUAUAGCUUCCAGAUGCACAUUAAGUCAUAUUGUUUACAAUUUAUUUUGACCGCCAUUUUUUGUAGGGUCAGGCUAAUAACAGGAAGUGGCCAUCAGUAUAGGGUUUUACUAAAAUUCGAAAAAUACAAAACAGGAGAGACAUUCUGGAAACUUGAUUAUUAAUAUAAUAGUUACAAGAUUAUGGGUACAAAUGCUUGUGAAUUAAUAAUUUAUUUUUUCUUUAUGAAAUUAGACAAUAAGUAUUUUUUAGAAAAAGUAAAUAAUAUAUAUAUACAAGGUGUGACUUCCAAUUCAUAUUUAAUGUUAAAUAAUGAUUUAUUUUAUGAUUUUAAAUCAGAUCUGAAAUAAACCUCAAACAAAAAAUUGUUAUUUGAUUAUUUUAUGCAUCUUUACCAUUUUAAUUUACUAUGAAUGAUUUUUAGCUCACCUGAACCGAAGGUUCAAGUGAGCUUUUCUGAUCGCUUUUUGUCCGUCGUCUGUCUGUCUGUUAAACUUUUCACAUUUUCGACUUCUUCUCCAGAACCACUGUGCCAAUUUCAACCAAACAUGGCCAAAAGCAUCCUUGGGUGAAGGGCUUUCAAGUUUGUUCAAAUGAAGGGCCAUGUCCCUUUCAAAGGGGAGAUAAUCACAAAAAUGCAAAAAUAGGGUAGGGUCAUUUAAAAAUCUUCUUCUCAAGAACCACUGGGCCAGAAGAGUUGAAAUUUACCUGAAAGCUUCCUGACAUAUUGCAGAUUCAAGUUUGUUCAAAUCAUGGCCCCCGGUGGUAGGAUGGGGCCACAAGGGGGGAUCAAAGUUUUACAUACAAAUAUAUAGGGAAAAACUUGAAAAAUCUUCUCAAGAACCACUAAGCCAGAAAAGCUGAGAUUUACAUGAAAGCUUCCUGACAUAAUGCAGAUUCAAGUUUGUUCAAAUCAUGGGCCCCGGGGGUUGGAUGGGGCCACAAUAGGGGAUCAAAGUUUUACAUACAAAUAUAUAGGAAAAAUCUUCUCAAGAACUACUGAGCCAGAAAAGCUGAUUUUUACAUGAAAACUUUCUGACAUAGUGCAGAUUCAAGUUUGUUCAAAUCAUGGCCCCCGGGGGUAGGAUGGGGCCACAAGGGGGGAUCAAAGUUUUACAUACAAUAUAUAGUUAAAAUCUUUUUCUCAAGAACCACUGAGUCAGAAAAGCUGAUAUUUAGAAGAAACAGUUAACUUUCUGACAUAGUGCAAAUUUAAGUUUGUUCAAAUCAUGCAUGGCCCCCGGGGGGGUAGGAUGGGGCCACAAGUGGGGGGGGGGGGGUGUCAAAGUUUUACAUACAAAUAUAGGAAAAAGCUUUAAAAAUCUUCUUCUCAAGAACCAUUGGGCCAAAGAAGUUGAUAUUUACAUGAAAGCUUUCUGACAUAGUGUAGAUUCAAGUUUGCAAAGGGUAGUUUGGGCCAUAAUAGGGACUAAGGUUUUACAUGCAAAUAUAUAUGGAAAGUCUUCAGAUAUGGGCCAAGGUGACUCAGGUGAGCGAUGUGGCCCAUGGGCCUCUUGUUCCCAAAUUGAGGAAAAUGUCGCUAAUUUUUCCCAAUUCAAAAGGAGUGGUGGUAGUUUGAAAAACAAAAAAAAUCACUGAUAAUUAAAUUUUUUUUUAACUUGAAUCAAACGAAACUUGGAUAUAUUGUUGGAUACCAGCAAAGCAAGGCCCCUAUUGAUUUUGGAGAUCAAAGGUCAAGGUCACAGUGACCAAAAAUAGAUUGAAAACUUCAGACAGUAACUCGAAAAGUUUAAAACUGAAAUUAGUUCUUCACAAUUAUAAACAUGCCAUAUCAUUCCUGACUUUACAAUGUAUCCCAUGCAACUCGGCUCAUGCACCCUUGGGUGCAUAUAUUGAUUUUUUGUCAUUAUUAUUAUACGAUUAUGCAGUUUUCACAAUAUAUAGAAAAUUAUAUAUAUACGUUAAAAUAGUCACCUUUCCACCUGCAGGCUGGAAAUAUUUUUCGGACCAAAAUAUAGAGAAUCAUCAGUGUCUUAAGUUGAGACAUCGACAGAAGUUAGCAGGAAUUAUUGUGGGAGGAAUCUCUUCUCUAGUCCUGUUUAUCUGGUAGGAAGUGUAUAUGACUGUCCGUGUCGUGUAUUGGUCCGCGAAUAAUCCAGAGACCCUUCGAAUGAUCCCGAGACUAAUUAGGAAUGUCUUUGCGAACCAAUCACACGUUGCAUACAGCAAAUUCGUACUCUGUGACCUCCUUUUUGGCUGCCAUUGGAAGAGAUGAAGCCCUGUCCAAUCAAUGCACGCAAUAUUGUGUCAAAAAAAAGAGAUGAGAUGGGAAAUGAGAUGGGUUUUGGGUUGAAGAGAUUUGUAAAAUUACAUCUCCCCGACCUGCCACUCGCCAAAAUUCAUUAGGUUUGUCUUGUUCGAGUCAUUUGUACUGUAGCUGACAAUCGCCGAACAGGAAGGAAGUAUGUGCUGUAAAGACUUGGUGUAUUGUGUAUUGAAGGACCUCUCAAGUAAGGAAAAAGGCAUACAUUGGUGAUGAACUCUUCAUCUUAUGAACUGCACACUUAUGAGAAAGUGUAUGCAAACAAUAUGGAUGGCUGUCUUCUACAUGAUAACAUUGACAUGGAUGCCAGUCAUUGAUUGUAAAGUAGAAUAUGCUGAAUAUGGCAGCCAGAAGAAAUUGAAGUGUGGGUGUAUUGAUGAUGAAAUACAGACCAGGUUAUGGUAUAUGGAUGGUGCCUUACUAAUCGUGGAUGAACACCCAGAGGAUAACUGGGCACCAGAUCUUCUGUAUGAAAAUGAAACACUUCGCUUGCAAAUAUAUGGGCGUAAAAAAUACUACAUUGGAAAUGUCACUUAUGAAUGUAUUGCUAUUCUGAGGAAUGGGUCCAAGCUCUUCUGUGGGAGUUAUACUAUAAAGGCCUACGAUUGUAAAAUCGAUUCGGAAUGGACUAAACCUAAAAACAUGACAGACCUGGUGGAAGGUGCAUCUGUGAAAUUCACCUGUGAAUAUUUCUUCCACUGCGACAAAGUUAAUGAUACAGAUAAAUCAGUCUCAAUAAUCUCCUCGGCCAGGAACACCAACAGUUGUGAUGUCAGUGAGAAUGGAUUAAAACAUGAAUGCAGAUUGAAAAUUCUAAGCAUCACAGAUGAAGAUUUCAGCAAACCUGUUCAAUGCAUUGUAACUGACGGUGGACAUGUUUCUGUAUAUGAGGCAUUUCUGAUUAAGAGAGAUAAGGAAGAGAUGGUAACUCAGAUUAGUGAAACAUACAUCAUCAUUCUAGUCCUUAUAAUGCUGUUUGUCGUGUUCCUGGUCAUCGGUUGGUGUUUGAUAUGUAUUUGCCGCAGUAAGAAGUUGAAAAGGAAAUACAAAUGCCUGUCUGUGUUGGAUAACUGUCACAGUGGUAAAGAUCACAAAAACAACCAUCAAGUGCUGGUGUACAGUGUAAAUGAAGAGGAUGACUUGUUGACAACAAAACUAUCUUUCUUGCAAUGUGUUUUGAAGAAUUAUGAAUUAGCAACCUACAAUGAAAGUAUUGUUCCUGGUAAAAAUAAAACUGAGGCAUUUAGUGAAUUGGCCAGUCGUUGUGUAGCCCUAAUCAUUGUGGUUGUUGUUGACAAGCUUUCAGAAGAUGAAGACUACAGGAAUAAGUUCAACAAUAUAUUGAAAUCUAAAGUUGCCAAAGGGCAGUGCUGUGUUCGUCCUUACUAUACAUCAAUUUUCUAUGUGCAUUCAGAGUGUUGUAAAUUUAAAAAUGGCAGCAGUUCAUGCGUCAAAAAAACAAAUGAGGAGAAGAAUUUUGUUUACUUUGACAUAUGUGACAGCCAGUGGGAUGUGAAAAAGAUCACGGAGAAAUUGAGAAAGAGGCUACCUCCACGAAACAAACCUAAUGCUACAUGUAAAGGAAAUGUGAACGCCUUAGAGCAGAGUAAUGGCAGUUAUGAUAGUUUCAGUAGCUUGUCUAGUGACAAUUACCAACAAACAAAUUAUUCUCGAAUGGAAAGUGUUACAAGCUGUUCGAGUAGCACUCCCCAAUGUGAAGAUCAGAGAAAAUUCAGAUUAAUAUGUUAGAACUCUUUUUAUGCAUUGAAAAUCAAGAAAGGUUAUCAGCCAAUCAAAAUCAGUCUAGGUAGUAUAUAAUGAGCGCAGUCACUGCAGGUCCUCACUUCGUUGGUAGAAGACAAGCUGAAAACACCUUAGGUUAGACAGGGAUUAGACGUGGCUGAACAAGCUUUUCCUUCCCUAUCUCCCUAAAUAAUAAGGACAAUCUUUGUUAUAAAAGAUACAUACUUAGUUAAGUGAGCCAGCAUCUUAAUCAACAAGUUUUCCCAUCCCAUUUAGAGUUUUUAUAUUAGCUAAGAAUCAUUGCUCCGUCUCAAAGUUGUAAUUGAUUGUUUUAUUAUUUUUGUCUCUUUAACGGUUCUCAGAAGUGAUCUGGGCUUAUCCCACGAAUCAGAACAAAUCAUUUUUUGAGCAGUUAGCUCAGUUUAAGUUGUGGAAAAUAGUUUUACUUUAGUGUAUUAUUUUUUUGUUGUUAAAUAUUUUGGUAAAUCCGCUCAGUUACACGUCACAUUUAAAAUACCUGUACUUGUAUGACAUGAUUUUUACAAAUAUGAUGCCGGGCUUGUAUUAUUGUGCCAUAUGAAUGACAUAUUUAUGUCUCUGCAAAACCAGCAACAAAAAUGCACCUGUAAUUUGAUUUAUGUUAAAUGAAAUAAUUAAGCUUUUAGAUUGCGAAAUUUAUCAGAAUCUAUUCAGAUUGGGAUUUUUUUUCCAUUGACAUACUCAGUACAAUACCCCAGGAUUUUGUUUCAGUAAAAGAAGUUUUUUUUUUAAAUUUUCUUUUAAAAAUGCAGACCAAGAUAGACUUUUACUCAGUUACAUUGAUUCAGUAAAAGACCCACGGACACGGUUUUAAUCUUGUAAAGAAUUUCUCAUGAUAAAGUUAUUUUUAAAUUAGUAGAUAAAAAUAUUGAAAGUGAAUAUUGCCUCUAUAUUAUUUAUCUUAUCAAUUGAUGCAUGGUAAUCUAAUGAAAAUUGCAAGUACAUUUAAUUAACAUGUAUUUAGCAACAAAUGAUAUUGAUCACCCAUCAUACAUUACAAGCUGUAUUUGUAGGAACAGUAAGUGCAUCUUUAAAAUAGGCAUUUCAGUUCUUUGUUAUAACAGUAUCUUACAAGGUAUAAAUAAUUUAUCAUGCAGUUUUGCACCAAAUGAGUGUAUUUGAUAUGCAAAUGAACAAGAUAUUUAUUUUUAGUAUUCAUUUUAUGUAUAUACCGGUGUUCUUAUUCAUGGACAUGGCUGUAAUUGAAGAUAUGUUGUUAGACUUUAAAAAAAUUAAGUUUAAUUUUAUAGAAAAUAUACUAGUGUUGAAUAUAAUCUAAUUGAAAUUAGAUGUUAAAUCCA